UGUGGCAUGACAUUUUAACACCAGCACAGGGAAAAAUAAAACAGGCAUUCUGCACACACAGCAAGAGUCCAGACAACAGGACACUUGUUUCAAAAACUGCACAAGAGUUGUCAUUGGAAAAAAGGGCUUUUGGCUCAUGAGAUCAUGAGCAAGUUGAAGCUGCCGCCGUGGUGACGUAGACAUUUUUUUUCUAGAUGGGCGGAUGGUGCAUCGCCCUUUGAUGUGUGCUGAACUCUGAUCUUCUGUUUGUUAUAAAGCACAGCAGGAGAGAAACGCGACCGUGGUUCAGCUCCGUGCUAAAAUGAGACCCUCAACAACAGCCACGCUUGCUGCGUCCCUGCUUUGCGCCGCGAUGGCACUGACUGCAGUUGACGGACAAAUCCUGGCCAACAGUUCUUGCCCUGGCAAUUGGACCGACUCGGGGAACCGUUGUUUCCGCUUACUUCCCAAUACCAUGAUUUGGUCUACAGCUCAGAAACAUUGUCAGCAAAUGGGGGCCAACCUUGCAUCAGUACACAACCAAAGCGACGUAGACUUGAUCCAGCGCUUGGCAGGAACCCAGAACCCUGUGUGGAUCGGAGGCUCAUCUUGCCAACAGACAAAUGUGUGGCUCUGGUGUGACGGAACAAAAAUGGACUUUAGGAACUGGUGCCCAGGUCACCCAAAAGAAGACAUCGCAGAGGAGUGCUGUCUGUAUAUUUCUGCUAAAGAUGGAAAUUGCUGGGAAGAGAAGGCAUGCAACAACUUCCUCCCCUCCGCCUGUGUCAUGAAGCAUACUUAACUGCAGAAGUGCCGUUGAUUGCAGAAAGAAUUGAAAUUCAGACAUUUGUGAAUACAUCAAACUUGUCAACAA